UUCAUUAAACCCUAGCUUUCCUUAUUUUAGCUUUCAUAAAAUUUUAAACCCUCAUCAGAAUAAAUCUAGUUUCAGCGAUAGCAGUAGUAGUCUUGUAUGGGAUCUUCUAUAUAGAUCUGUAGUUUGUAUAUGUUACUGUUGUGGUUUCAUUAGUUUAACAUAUUUUUGGUUUGCACCAGAUCUCUAGAAAGAGAGAAAAAACAGAAGGAAAGAGAUCUAGAAAAGAUGGGUAGAGGAAAGAUAGAGAUAAAGAGAAUAGAGAACCCAACAAACAGACAAGUAACUUACUCUAAGAGAAGAUCAGGGAUUUUUAAGAAAGCUAAAGAACUUACUAUUCUUUGCGAUGCUCAAGUUUGUCUCAUCAUGUUUUCUAAUACUGGCAAAGUUUGUGAAUACGUUAGUCCGUCUACUACUAUGAAGGAGUUUUUCGAUAGGUUUCGACGGGUUACUAAUAUUGAUCUAUGGGCUUCUCAAUAUGAGACUUUGCAAGAAGAGUUGAAAAAGCAGAAGCAGAUUAACAGUAGACUAAAGAAAGAGAUCAGACAGAGGACUGGACAAGAUGAUUUGAAUGAACUUACCUUUGAAGAACUGCGCAGUCUGGAGGCCAAUUUGCUGAGUUCUGUGGAGAUCGUCCGUCUCCGUAAGUUUCAUGUUCUUGGCUCCCACACUGAAACCUCCAAGAAAAGAAAUAAAGCCAUGGAGGAAACUCACAAGAAUCUCCUACGUGCAACUUAUGCUGAUAGAGAAGAGGAGUUCCUGUUCUAUGCAAUUCCUGCUGAUAGGGAAGGCGAUCACAAUGGUGACUAUCUAUCCUCGUCGUCAUCAAUGAGAAGGCUGUCAAUAAGUGGUGGUGAUUGUGAGAAUUCGCAAAUUACAUUUCAACUUCAACCGAGCCAGCCAAAUCUUCACCAUGCAGCAGGAGGAGGAUACUUGUACAAUCAACACUAUGCUUGAGUGUUCAGUAGUGCUAGUUGAUUGAAUUGGAGGUAAAUAUACCUCGAUCUCUAUCGGACUUAUUAUUAAAUUUAGGGUUGGUAUCAUAAAUCGAACCAAUACUACCAUCUAAAGUGGAGAUACUGCCUAUUGUAUGAGUGUACGUUUUAGCCAAUGACUCCAAAAUCGGUAUUUAGUAUCCAUAAAAGAGUAUUUCAUUUGGUAAUGUAUCAUAUUGUAUGUAUUUGUGCUUCAUCUCUUAUUGGUAUUCAGAAUGCUCAAACCACUAGUGUAUUCUGGUGAUAUUAAUAGCUAGAAGGAACUUUUGGCGUAGGGUUUUCUUCUGGUUGUCGCAUAGUUGGGUGUGUGGUAGUUACUAUCAGAGCGACGUGACAAAAAGGUUUUAAGUGUUGUUUUAAGUUUUGUAACCAGCCAUGCUGCUUUUGCAUUCUUAUACUCAAAGUAGUUAUUUCUGGUUCAGCUUUAA